CCUGUAACUGCUGGACCUGUCCCGACCUGUUAGAAUGACACUUCGUGUUCUUGUUUACACGCGCGGUUUAACGUCUCUCGCUGUGCCAACUGCACACUCCUUUUUCCCAAGUCAUCCAAGACAUCAUGCGUUCUCCAUCAAGAUAGAGGAUAAAUUUUUAGCAAAAUCAGAAACGAAUGGUUUUCCUUUUGUUUAUUCAGAUCCAGCGAACUUGAAAGUGUUUAUUCUGGAGGAGCGGUUAGAAAACACGUGUGACAUGUUUCACACUGGCUUUGAAUUUGAUCUCACACAGUCAAGUUUUAAACUCCGGUUCGUUACUCUCGGAUAAUAUCAGCACGCGGGAUUUUUAAAAACAAAGAUUAUUGGACUUAAACGUGGACAUGGCUGCAGGAACAUGUGCCUCUGUUUACUCGACUCUGCUGCUUGCUGUCGUCUUUGUGUUCGUGUCUGCAGACCAGAAAAACAUCACAGUUCAGUCUGGACAGAACGUCAGGCUACCAUGUCAAGCUCCAAAUGAUAAAGGUUCCAUCAGAGCUGUAGCUUGGACCAAACCUGCCCAAAUAAAAACACAAAAUAAAAAUGUCUAUUUCUAUCGAGAUGGGCGAGUUGAUCCCGAAGAGCAGCAUCCAUCUUUUAAGAACCGGGUGGAUCUGCAGGACAGACAGAUGAAAAAUGGAGAUGUGUCUUUGAUUCUGAACAAUGUGACGAUUAAUGACGCUGGAACAUACGAAUGUAGUGUUACCCAGAAAAAAGAACUCAACCCUUACACCACUACUAUAACUCUUGACCUGGACGUUAUUCAUUCUAGAGGUCAGACAGGAGGACACACAGAGGAUGGAUCUAUUGGACUGAUAGUCGGUCUGUCAGUUUCUGGUCUGCUUCUUCUUGCAGUUGUUUUUUUCAUCCACAGAAGAGGUAAACAACAACCAAGUCAGGUUUCAUACCAGCCUCCUGCUGGAAAGUAGUAGGUUGAAACUUUUCCAGAGACAGGAAGAUGAUAAGAUGACAGACAUUUUCAAUGCUUAACAUCCAGCAGGCCAUAUCAAAUGUUCGGUUCUUGUUUUGAUUUUACAUCUUAAAUGAUCAGUUUGCUGUGGUUCUAUCUGUUGGACUGACAGUUGGUCUGUCUGUCUUCUUUUUACUUUUGAGGGGUUAAAACAAAUGAGUCAGAAUCUGUACAAGCUCCCCAGAGCAGAGUAAAAUGAGUUGGCUAAGUUAGUCAUAAAAAGAUCAACAGUCUAAACCAACCACUUUGAUAACAAUUUAUUUUGUUCCUGCUAUACUUUUUUUUUACAUUUCUAAAUUAGGAUUAUCUUUACAUUUCCUUUCACAUAAGUACAAAGUCUGACUGUCAAGAAGUCCUGCACUAAAAUCCCCUAAAGUCUCAAUUUCAUUAUUUGUGUUUUUAAACAGCAGGAAAAUAUAUAUAAAUAUGUUUAAACAUUUACGCUCCAGUACUAAAAUACAAGCUGUAUUUAAUCUGGUUUAUUGUGUGUAUAUUUGUGUGAUAUAUACUGCAUCUCUGUGUACCUUCUGCGUUGUGAUCAGAGUGCAGUAGAUAAUGUCUGACAGCAGUUUGAAGAGCAAAUGGAUUCUGUUCUGUUCUUCACUCAUCACCUACCUGACAGCUGACACCUCACACCUGUUUCUCACCUGCAGAUCCACCAGUAGGGUGAAGUGUAAGUGGUUCUUUUGAACUGGCCGUUGGUCUGUAUGUUCCUGUUGUGCUUCUUGUUGCUUUUGUUUUUUAGCCACAGAAAAUGUCAUUUAAAAAAAAGCAGUCAGUGUUCAAACCAAGCUCAGUUUUAAUGAAAACAAAGAUUAUCUGAAGACAGACAGACUUUAAAGAUGUUGAACAUUCAGCGGCACAUUUCAAAUAUCUAAAAUUUUAAUGUUUUUUGCAUUUCUCUCAAACAUCAUGUCAAGUCUGCCUGCAGCUUUAUGACCCAUAGUUUUUGUCCACCUUCAGAGUUUUAAUAUGGUUUGCUCAAGUUAAACUGUAUUACGCAGGAACAUUACUCUAUGUUCUGCUGUGUUAGAAUCAGUGAACCAAGUUUAUAUUCUUUGUAAAAUAUCAUUUAUAUUUUUGUUAUGCCUUUGUGGAAAAUUCACAAGUUCACUUUGACCCAAACCCAUUGUACAUAUAUGCAUAUUAUGUUGUGUUUUUCAAAUUAAAUAUCCAGUGUUGUGUAUGUUGCAGUGUUGGAAUCAGUGAGUGUUGGUUUCAGCUUCAGGUUCAGCAGCUGUUUGUGAGAUCAGGAUGGGUUUGACUCAUCAUGUUCAGUCAGCAUAAAUACACAUGCUGACUAAACCAACUCACAACACAGACACAAAAGCAUGUCACAGUGUGUGGAAAAAUCACUGUGGAUUAUAGAAGGUGAUAAUAUGACAGCCACAGGACUGGCCGCGCUGUUGGUUUUGUCUUUUCAUCUGCGUAACAUAAGUAAAGUUGCAUAUUUGGGAAGACCUCAUUGGUUUUGGUGUGAUUGUUGGUUUAGUCAGUUCCCUUCACACACCAAUGACUUAGGCUGUGGUGUGUUAGUAAAUCAAAAAAUUAACUGCCUGAACAAUAAUGUUCACUUGGAUGGGUUACAGUGAGUGAUUAGAGGGACUGUUGUCCAACUUGCCAUUCUUUGUGAAGUUGAUUUACCUGAUUUUUAACUGGUUUUGAAAAUGGCUUCUGAAUCAGUGCUGGAAUGAGUAUUGAUUUGCUGCUAUAUGAGAAACAUGAAUUGAAAUGAACAGAAAAAUAAAAAGGAAAAUGAAACUGAAA